GGUGCUGCGCGCGUUCCACGCUGUCGGGCUUGGCAACGAUUAACCCGGCGGGGCGGCAGGCGCGCGGCCCGGGGCGAAGGCGCAGGCCCGGGGCGGGACCCCGUGUGGGGCCGCUCGGCUUCCUGUUCUCGCCCAAGUUUCUCGUAGAGCUCGCAGCGCCGGCCGGGCCGCGGUGUGGCGUGGCGUGGCGCGGCACGCGCGUGGGCGCCCGCUCGCGGUCGCCGGGUUCACCAUGAGGACUCUCCGCAGGUUAAAGUUCAUGAGUUCGCCCAGCCUCAGUGACUUGGGCAAGAGAGAGCCGGCCGCCGCCGCCGCGGACGAGCGGGGCACGCAGCAGCGCCGGGCCUGCGCCAACGCCACCUGGAACAGCAUCCACAACGGGGUGAUCGCCGUCUUCCAGCGCAAGGGGCUGCCCGACCAGGAGCUCUUCAGCCUCAACGAGGGUGUGCGGCAGCUGCUGAAGACGGAGCUGGGGUCCUUCUUCACCGAGUACCUGCAGAACCAGCUGCUGACCAAAGGCAUGGUGAUCCUUCGGGACAAGAUCCGCUUCUAUGAGGGACAGAAACUGCUGGACUCGCUGGCAGAGACCUGGGACUUCUUCUUCAGCGACGUGCUGCCCACGCUGCAGGCCAUCUUCUACCCUGUGCAGGGCAAGGAGCCGUCAGUGCGCCAGCUGGCCUUGCUGCACUUCCGAAACGCCAUCACCCUGAGCGUGAAGCUGGAGGACGCGCUGGCCCGUGCCCAUGCCCGUGUGCCACCCGCCAUCGUCCAGAUGCUGCUGGUGCUGCAGGGUGUGCACGAAGCCCGGGGGACCACUGAAGACUACCUGCGCCUGGAGACGCUGGUGCAGAAGGUGGUGUCGCCGUACCUGGGCACCUAUGGCCUCUACUCCAGCGAGGGCCCCUUCGUCCACUCCUGCAUCCUGGAGAAGCGGCUCCUGCGCCGCUCCCGCUCGGGGGACGUCCUGGCCAAGAACCCCGUGGUGCGGUCCAAGAGCUACAACACGCCUCUGCUGAACCCCGUGGCCGAGCACGAGGCCGAGGGUGCCGCGGCCGGCAGCGCCAGCAUCCGCAGGCACUCGGUGUCCGAGAUGACGUCCUGCCCCGAGCCCCAGGGCUUCCCCGACGCGCCCGGCCAAGGCCCCACGACGCCCCACUCGGGGCCCUGCCCCAGCAGACUGUAUCCCCCGGCCCAGCCCCCGAAGCCCAGCCUGGCCCUCUGCUCCCCGCCCAGCCCCGGCCCUGAGACCCCGGUGGACCAGACCCCGGGCUCGGGGGACUCGGACUCCGAAGGCAUCUUCAUUGACUUUGGCAGGGGCGGCGGCUCCGCUGUGUCUGACUUGGACAGGACGGGGGGCCGGCAGAGUGCGGUGUGAGGGGCGCAGCCACAGGACCUCCUCCUGAGCCCGGCUGAGCGUGUGUCCCUGCGUGUGCGCGGGUGUGCGUGCAAGAAUUUUCUACUGUCUCCGACUCUCGUCCCUCCCCCCUGGCACCCUCAUCAUGGCCUCGGUCACUUUAUUCAUCCUGUUCCCGUCCAGUGAAAGAGCGGUCACCUCAGUGUCACCAGGGGCACAGCAAGCAUCUGACAUGAGGACCGUUGUGCCCACCUGCCUCACGGGCAGUGCCCAGGUCUGUCACAGAGACUCCAUUGGUGUCAUCUGCCUGUACGGCCAGGCUGGGGGGAGCUCUGCAGCACACCGAGUCCUCCUGGGGCCCACCUGCCCUCCCUCCCUCCGCCUGAGGUGGCCGCGGGGACAGGCAGGGUAGAAUAAAACUUGUCCACCCA